AUGGUCAGCUGCAGAACGCUGGAACUGACCUGCCCCAUCUAUAACCCUUACCAGACAGCAUCAAUGAAGGACAUGGCGCUGGAGAUGAAGCGCAUGCGGGGCCAGAUGGAGGACAACAAGGACCUGGCAGUGCUCAUGGCGGGGUUGAGGGGCAAGAACCUUUCCCAAUCUGACUUUGCAGAGAACGACGUCCAGAUGCAACUGCUGGAGAUGGUGGAUGGCGUGGAUGAAGAGCAGCUGCCCCAGGUGUACUCUCCCGCCGGCAUCCAGCUGUACUGGGGCAGGAGGCCCGUGGCCGUCUGCAGGCGCAUCACCCAGCUCCUCACCAUCGGCGCCGGCUUCCUAUUCAGCUUGGGGCGGGACGCGCUGGCCGGGACGCUGCGGGACAAUGCAGUGGUGCACGCCAUCCGCCUGCGCGGCAUCCUAACCUCCCUGGGCCCUGCCUACAUCAAGCUGGGUCAGGCGCUGAGUAUCCGCCCCGACGUGCUCCCACCUGCCGCUAUGGUAGAGAUGCAGAAGCUGUGCGACAAGGUGCCCAGCUUCGACUCGGGCAUCGCCAUGGCCAUGCUCUCUACGGAGCUGGGCCGGCCCUGGACGGAGGUGUAUGCCGAGCUGACGCCGGAGCCGGUGGCGGCAGCCUCGCUGGGCCAGGUGUACAAGGGGCGGCUGCACACCGGGGAGGCGGUGGCCGUCAAGGUCCAGAGGCCGUACGUUCUGGAGACCGUGACUGUGGACCUGUACAUCCUCAGGGAGCUUGGGACGUUUCUCAGGAACUUUCCAAAGAUCACGGCGCGUCUUGACCUUGUGGCUCUUCUGGAUGAGUGGGCAGCUCGCUUCUUUGAGGAGCUGGACUACAUCAAGGAGGGGCAGAACGGACUCAUCUUUGCAGACCAGAUGCGGGAGGAUCUCCCACAGGUAGUGGUCCCUCGGACAUUUCCUGAGUACACAUCGCGGCGAGUGCUUACCACCUCGUGGCUGGAGGGCGAGAAGCUGAGUCAGAGCAGAGAGAGCGAUGUGGGGAGCCUCGUGAACCUGGGCGUCAUCUGCUACCUCAAGCAGCUCCUUGAGACAGGCUUCUUCCACGCCGACCCGCACCCUGGAAACCUCAUACGGACCCCAGAUGGCAGGCUGGCCAUUCUGGACUUUGGGUUGAUGACCCAGGUGGACGAGGACAUUCGUGUGGGGAUGAUUGAGGCAGUCAGCCACCUCAUCCACAGGGACUACGAGGCCAUUGUUCAGGACUUUGUGACCCUGGGGUUCAUUCCACCGGGGACCAACCUUUCCCCCAUCCUGCCUGUUUUGAGCAAAGUAUUUGAUCAAGCACUUGAGGGCGGUGGCGCCAAGAACAUAAACUUCCAGGGUCUGUCUGCUGAUCUGGCACAAAUUACCUUCGACUACCCCUUCCGCAUUCCACCAUACUUUGCACUCAUCAUCCGAGCAAUCGGCGUGCUGGAAGGGAUUGCUUUGGUCGGGGACCCAGACUUUGCACUGGUGGACGAGGCCUUCCCAUACAUCGCCAAGCGGCUCAUGACUGAUAAUUCGCCACGCCUCAGGGCCGCCCUACGCUAUAUGAUUUAUGGCAAGAGCCGCGUAUUUGAUUCCACCCGCCUCAUCGACCUGCUGGAUGCGUACGAGAGCUUCACACUGGCUUCUAAGUUCCUCCUGUCGCCGGAGGGAAGCUUUUUCCGUGAGUUCCUGCUGGACGAGAUCGUCAAGACUGUGGACGCCGCGACCCGGACCCAGCUUCGGAGCGUCAUGCUGGCGAUGAGCAGGGUGCCGCUGCCGCCCUUUGGACUGCCAGGCGCAAACAGGCUGCUCUCGGUGCUGGCGCCCCAGGUCAGCCCCGAGGACGAGCAAAUCAUGCAGAGCAUGUCGCGGGUCGUGGCCUACCUGUCUGGCCGCGAUGCGGGGCCGGGCUCGCUUGACCUGGACCUGCUGCGUGGGCUGGAGCCGCAGCUGGCGUCCGUCGCGGCCCGCAUGGCCCCCGACCUCGGCCAGCGCCUGCUCAGCCGCGUGGCGGCCCGCGCGCUGCGGCGGGGAGCCGGCUACGACUGA